UUGUUGAAAUGGCACAUGACGUCAUUUGUAGUACGCAGCCGCAGCGGAAAAAGUGACAAUGGUCCUGAUCAAGGAAUACCGUGUGGUCUUACCCUGUACUGUGGAGGAGUAUCAAGUGGGCCAGUUGUACUCCGUAGCAGUGGCCAGUAAGAAUGAGACGGGUGGAGGAGAGGGCAUUGAGGUCCUCAAGAAUGAACCCUAUGAGAAGGAUGGCGAGAAAGGACAGUACACACACAAAAUCUACCAUCUGAAGAGUAAAGUCCCUGCCUUUGUCAAGAUGAUUGCUCCUGAGGGCUCUCUGGUCUUCCAUGAAAAGGCCUGGAACGCUUACCCUUACUGCCGAACCAUUGUAACGAAUGAGUAUAUGAAAGAUGACUUCAUCAUUAAGAUUGAGACAUGGCACAAACCUGACCUUGGCACAUUAGAAAACGUGCACAAGCUGGAUGCGCCCACAUGGAAGAGUGUGGAGGUGGUGCCCAUUGACAUCGCAGAUGGAGAACAAGUGGCCCCUGCUGACUACAAGGCAGAGGAGGAUCCUGCUCUGUUCAAGUCAGCUAAGACUGGUAGAGGGCCCCUGGGACCUAAUUGGAAGAAGGAGCUGGUUAGUAAGGCUGACUGCCCGAGGAUGUGUGCCUACAAACUGGUCACGGUCAAGUUCAAGUGGUGGGGCCUGCAGAACAAGGUGGAGAGCUUUAUUCACAAGCAAGAGAAGCGUAUCUUCACUAACUUCCAUCGCCAGCUGUUCUGUUGGAUCGACAAGUGGGUGGAGCUGACUAUGGAAGACAUCAGGCGGAUGGAGGCGGAGACACAAAAGGAGCUGGAGGAGCUUCGCAAACACGGUAAUGUACGGGGAACCAGUGCUGCCGAUGCUGAAUGAGACGGAGGAGGGUUUUGAACAACGACAGCGAUGAAGAGUGAAGGUGGUGAUGAUGAAGAAUGCGAAGCGGGCUCCCUGCGUUCCACCUUUACCUUACUGAUUCAGGAUGUGGAGAAUGAGGGCUCUGCUCCACUUGAUCAAUAGACCAGCACCCUGACCUGCCGGCACCCAAUCAUAGACAUUCUAUCCACAGAAGAAUUAAUUUGUUGAAAGUGACACGAUCCUAGCUGAUAAGGCUCCAGUUCAUUUUGAUCUCCAAGGCUAAUAACGAUAUCAAGCAACAAUGUCCUCCGUAAAGCCACCUACCACCUCCAUGUUGUUGAAGACUAGUCCCUAAAUCUUCUCUUGAUAGAUGCUUAUAGGGCUGCUUUGUUGUUGAUAUAGAAAUUAAUAUUUUUUAAGCAUUUAAUUGGCCUGAUUGCAUUAUGGCAGGUGUUGGUCUAAGUAGUUUGCUAUUCUAGUCAGAGGAUCGUUCCUCUGUGGCCUGUUGCCUUUGCCAGUUUUAGUUUUCCUUUGUAUUUGUGAAUAUUUUCUCCAGAUCAUUCCUUUCAAGACAGUAAUUUCUCUCCUCAGUCCUCUUCUAGCUGUUCAUAACUGUGGUUUUCCGUUAGCUGGCGAGAGAGAGCCUGUUAGUUUUUUUUUUCUCCAUUUACAUGUCCCUUCCUGCCAUGGCAUUCAUUAAGAGAUUACUGACACCCUUGGCGCCUGUGCCUAUCCUAAUCUCUCCCCCUCUCUCUGCACUGCUUCUUAUUAACGCUGACAAUCUUGUCCACACAGGUAUUUCACUCUCACUCCAAUGCAAAUGAACACAAACACACACCCGUACAAACACGCACAUGUAAACACAAGCACGCACACACACUCACAGGUGUGAAUGCCUUUGAGGUGACUGAUCUGGCCCAAGCUCACGCUGGGCAGAUCCGUGCAGGCUCCUUCAACUGAAGGGACGUGUCUGUUGUUGGAGUGUUGGGUGCUCUCACUAUUUUUCCCACACUCCCCAUACUCACUCCGCUCCUCCCUAGCGGAUGCCCCCAGAGAGAAACCGCACUGAAAAACAGUCACAGAUUGUGCUACACACCUUCAGUCUCUGUCACGCCCUGCUCACACCGCCCUGCUCACACCACCCUGCUCCCCACCACAACAGUAGCCUGCCUGCCUGCCUGCCUUAUUCCUGUGGUUCUCUGGGAUGGAAUUCUACUGCUUGUCGUAUCCUGCUGAGCAUGGGCAGCAGGUAAACAGACACCCAGCACCACUCUAACCCACACCAGACCACCAGCCCGGCCCAGGCCACCACCCCGGCCCAUACCAGGCCUCUCCUGACUGGGCCUGUUUACAGAGCGAGCAGCUUCACUCUCUACUCAGCCCUACUCACUCAGCACCACGCUGUGCCUUACUACACCACCAUGCCUUUCCUUCUGGCUCCAUACUGGCACCAGUUGGUCAUUUAGGCUUUACUACUAGGACACUGAUCAGCAGGUUAUCCAUCCAUUGUAGAGAGGGGGUUAGAUUAGGCUUGAUCGGUUUGCAAUGACUUUAUGACCUCUAUUUUAACUGAACCUCACUAUGUUCUCAAGGUCCUUUUACAUAUGGCACUAAUGUACUGUAUGUUUGUUCUGUUGGGCUGUGGUGGGCUGAUUAUUCCCUGCAGUGAUACUGUACUGAUGUAGACAUGACUCCCCAGCAGCAAGCCAGUCAGACAGUGCCAUGCUAAAGCCUGAAUGCUGCUCUGUGUGUUUAAGCACAUAAGUGCCUUCAUGUUAGUGUGUGCAUGUCGGCGUGCUUGUGGGACAAUAAAUAAUCAUGUGUAUCUUCGCUUGUCAUUCAACCUCAGCCGUUCAGCCUCUUUUUAUAAACAGACGUGCUUGCUGCCAAGACCGAUGGAAUAUUUUUUAUGAAGAGCUCAGUAUUGAUAGUAUAUUUUUAUAUUGUGUAAGCCUCACAGGGGGAUUGUGAGAACCUUCUCAGUUAUGGGUUUAGUGCUCACCCAAAGAGUAUGAAUGGAUCUGGGCGAUGUCAUUUGUUUACAUGCGUUGUUCCAACCUAGCUCAACCCCACACUUCCGAGGGGCAAUACUAACUCACUAGCGGAUAGACGACUAAAAUGGCUGAACUCUCCUGUACCCCGUAACUGAGAGGAUAUAUCAUGAGUACCAAUGUCAGUGUUGGUCACUGACAGGACAUGAAAAGUCAAGGCCAUAAUGGGACUUAUAAAGUCCAGAUUUCCCAUCGGUUACUAUUUGCAUUCAAAGAAAGUCUGUAAGAGAGGAGUGUUGAAUAUGAUUCAUGCCUUUAGGUCUGUCUACAGCCUCUUGCUUGUAUUGAAUAGUACGCUUAUGAUGCAACCCAGCUUCUGUAUUUACGAUCUGUACUGUAGAGACAAUGAUGUGGGGAAAGGACAGAGUGGAGACGGUCUUUACAAUAAAAACUGUACAGUAUGAUCAUGAUUUAUUAAAUAUACUGUUACAUUUCGAGAAGAAUAAAAAAAUGCUUUUAAAUGUUUCUGAUCAUCUGUUGAAAUUCAGGGGACAUGGUAGUAAAUGUAUGACAUCAUUUGUUUAGCCUUUUCUGUCUGUCGAUUUUUGUCGACAGACAGAAAAGUCUACACAAUGUAUUGAAAUACCUAAUAAAUUUCAACACAAAAUGGA